GCUGUGCAGUUUAGCAGCAACUCAUACCAGUUCGUGGAGCACUCGGGUCUGGUGAUCAGUACAAGUACCAGUGUCAAUGUCAAGGUCACGUGCACAUUCCACCUCAUCUACUUCCCAUAUGACGUACAGGUAUGCAACAUCACCAUGGGAAAAUGGGUUUCUCCGAACAAUCAGUACCGAAUGAAAGUUAACCCUUCAUUCGGCGAAGUCGGCGUUUUACCCAUGAAGCACUUCGAGCAAAACGGACACUGGAACCUGCGAACGCCCGUGACAUACGAGCUCGUUACACGAGAAGUUGAGACCACCCGAAGGAAAUCUGUUUUAAAGUUCGACGCUAUACGGUAUACUCUCGUGUUAGAACGACAGCCGUUAUUUUAUAUAAUAGUGGUAAUAAUUCCGUGCUCGCUGUUCGGUUUUCUGUCGGUUUGUACAUUUUUUCUGCCAAUUGAAAGCGGAGAACGUCUUCCAUUCUGCACGGCUAUUCUUUUGUCUCAAAUUUUGGAGCUCUUGGUUCUGUCUGAACUUCUACCGCCGGCUAAAGAGUCUGGAUUCCCUAUUUUGGGAGAGUACGUGUUGACUUCGGUGUUGUAUAUUGCGAUGUCUGUUGUGAUAAACGUGUUCGUCACUUAUGUUUACCACAGACCAGAAGCAACCAAGAUACCCAGAUGGAUUUUGAAGCUGGUUCAAAAAACUGAAAGGAAUCAACCGGUUAAAGCUGAGAAUAACGAACCGAGUGACAAAGCGGAGACGCCGAUGCUUCUAAAUGAUGUUUCAAACAAAAACAUCAGCACCAUUUUUGACAAGGAGACACCUAAGAUUGACUACACUUGGAAAGACUUGGCCCAAUCGAUCAACAAAUUUGCAUCUGUAGUCCACAUAUCUGCUAUCAUCAUGUUCUCAGCUUAUUUCAACUGCAGAAUGCGCCAGAUUAUAUGA